AUGGACUCGGGCGUGGAUUUGUCUGGCCUUAUAUAUGGCUCAAGCCCUGAAAAGGCCCCUGGGAAGAGACACCGACCACCAACCAGAAAACUAGUAGACUCUGGUUCAAAGAAGUGGGACCCCGAGGUGACACCCCUUCUGGCUCCUCUGCCAGCGAGGAUGCGUAUCAUGCAGAGACACUUCACUGCCUUCACUGCCUUCCACUCAACUCCAAGCCGCUUUUUCCAUUAUACCAGACCUCGAUCGUCCAAGUACAAUAUCAGGGAACUCAAAGAUGCGACCGUGAGCGAACGAGCAGCUGCCGAGAUCGCCAUCGCACAUGGAUUCCAGCAUAACAGGUGUCUCAUGAUGACCGCCAACCAUGACCCCGUGUAUUCGGUCGCCGUUUCGCGAUUGUUUCUAACAGCCGCGUUGCUCGAAGGAACCACGCAUGUCGCCGAAGACUCAGCUGGCAAAAUAGUCGGUGCCAUAAUGUCAUUUGGGCCGGGAACCGAGUUCCUCCACACCACACGGCAGAAAGAGGAAGCUCUUGCGCCGCUCCUUGCUUGCUUGGACAACAGAACUUCUUGGUGGCUGACAAACGAGUUCAUACCUGAAUAUAGCACCUUUCUGGAUUCUUCACUUGGCCCUGGAACACUGCUAGAUUCCUGGCAUUUGCAACUCGCUUCGAUCCAUCCUGAUCAUGCACGCAGUGGAAUAGGGAAGCACUUCGUCCAUGAAGUAAUCAAUCAGGUGUGA